UGCUUAUCCAUCAUAAAUGGCAAUAAUACUGCAUUGGCCAUAUGAUGCUGGACCUUGUAACCGCAACGUAUCAUCAAUACGCACUGAUCCGGCCUAGCGUUGAGAUAGGUAGGGAUCUGGAAAGACAGCUCCCAUUAGGUUCACUCCGCCACUCUCUCGCCGUACCUUUCUCCUCUUCCUUCUGGCGAUCGAGAAUUUCUUCGUCGAUUUUCCCCUCCCUUCUCGCUAUGCUCGCCUGCAUCGAUUGACAGGUCUGAUGCUUUUUUUCUCUGUCACCAUUGGAUUUCAUACACUCCUUCCUCCUAUCUUUCGACAGAAAGUUAACUCGUUCGCUUGCCAGUUUCUUUGGACUAGUUAGAAUUGAGCACAUUCAUCGUGCAACUAGCCCAUUAUGAGGUUCGGUGAACAUCUCCGGUCGUCUAUGAUCAAAGAAUACUACUGGUACUACAUCGCCUACGAAGACCUCAAGAAAGCGCUCAAAACAGAUCUCGUCGCUGAACCUUUCCCCGAUAAUACCAAACCCAAUCGAAAGGCAUGGACGGAGGAAGAUGAAAAGGGCUUUGUCUCCCUGCUCGAAAGCGAGCUUGACAAGGUCUUCAAUUUCCAGAAAAUAAAAAGCCAGGAAAUCGUCCGUCGUAUACGUGCCAGCGAGUCUGAGGUCAACGACAUCAUCUCCCGCCUAGAGGAUGUCUCGGAAUCUCGUGGUCGUCGCCGCCACAGCUCCCGAUCGAAUCGUGGAGUUCCAUCUGAUGAAGACUUCCUUCUGCUUGAACAAGUACUGAGUGACAUCAUCGCCGAUGUUCACGACUUGGCCAAGUUUACACAAUUGAACUACACGGGGUUUCAGAAGAUUAUCAAGAAACAUGACAAAGAAACUGGUUGGCAUCUUAAACCUGUUUUCGCCGCGAGACUCAAUGCGAAGCCAUUCUUUAAAGAUAAUUACGAUGCUUUCGUGGUCAAGUUAUCAAAGCUCUAUGAUUUGGUCCGGACUAAAGGCAACCCCGUCAAGGGAGAUGCCGCCGCUGGUGGCACCCAGCAGAAUUUCGUCCGUCAGACCACCAAGUACUGGGUUCACCCGGAUAAUAUUACUGAAUUGAAACUUAUCAUUUUAAAGCACCUCCCCGUUCUCGUCUUCAACCCUAGAAAGGAAUUCGAGGAAAAAGACACAGCUAUCACUUCUAUAUACUAUGACAAUCCGGAAACCUGGGAGCUUUACCAAGGACGAUUGAAGAAAACUGAAGGAGCCGAAGCUAUUCGACUAAGAUGGUAUGGUGGUAUGGAAAGCGAUCAGAUCUUUGUCGAACGAAAGACCCAUCGUGAGGAUUGGACUGGAGAGAAAUCAGUCAAGGCCCGUUUCUCUCUCAAAGAGAAAAAUGUCAACACUUUCUUGGCCGGUCGCAUGACUGUAGAACAUGUCUUUGACAAAAUGCGCAAAGAAGGAAAGAAAAGCGAGGCUGAAAUUGCGGAUCUAGAGCAAUUGGCGCGAGAAAUCCAGUAUCGGAUUAUCACCAGAAGCCUGGUGCCCGUCACGCGGACCUUUUACCAUCGGACAGCGUUUCAACUGCCUGGCGAUGCGAGAGUCCGUAUCUCUCUGGAUACAGAGCUUACAAUGGUCCGGGAGGAUAAUUUAGGCCGUCCUCGGGCAGGGAGCAAUUGGCGUCGGAUGGAUAUUGGCGUCGACUUUCCAUUUUCGCAAUUACCUGCCGAAGACGUUGAAAGAUUCCCUUAUGCCGUCCUGGAAGUCAAGCUCCAGACACAAGCCGGACAAGAACCGCCCCAAUGGAUCAAGGACCUGACAGCCAGUCACCUGGUCGAAGCAGUGCCCAAAUACAGCAAAUUCAUCCAUGGAACUGCAACUCUUUUCCCCGAUCACAUUAAUCUGCUUCCGUUUUGGAUGCCCCAGAUGGAUGUCGAUAUUCGAAAACCAGCAACACGUCGGUUUGGUAUCGAGCGGCCACCGACGAGCACACCCUUGUCUACCAAUGACGAAACCCAAGAGGAUUCAGACAACUUGUCGGACGAAGCGCAAGCUGGUCGGGCUCAUCCCCAUACCAAUGGCCGUGGCGGUCGUCGUACACAAGCAUCGGAACACGAUCACUUUUUUGCUGACACUGACGGCAAUUCUCUUGACGUUGAGGAGCGCAUUGCUGCGGAGCCCCUACCUGGAGAUGAGGACUACCCUCUCUAUGAUUCGGAUGAAGAGUCAGUCGACUCCGACGAGCUUGAAGAAGCAAGGAGAGUCGGAGGAUCAUACUAUUAUCGACUUUUGGCUCAGCAUUAUAUCCAUCAGACAGGGCAUGCUUUGAUGAAUGGAUUCAAAGCCAUAAUUCCACGGCCGAGGCCAACACACAUGCCACCUCCUACUCAAUCCGGAAUUGCUGUCAUGGGAGCCGAGCGAACUGCCAAGCGAUUCGUGGCUCCAAAGGGUAAACGCAUUCAUGUACCCAUCCGUGUCGAACCGAAGGUCUACUUCGCCGCCGAACGAACGUUUUUGUCAUGGCUGGAGUUUUGUAUUCUCCUAAGUACCAUUGCCGCCACCCUUCUCAAUUUCGGAGAAGAUUACAUUACGUUUGUUUCCUCUUGGGCUUUCACUAUUCUUGCUGCCGUAGUCCUUAUAUACAGUCUUUUCCUGUACAUUUGGCGUGUGGACAAGAUCCGCAAGCGCCGAGAUGUUAAACGGGUCUACUACGAAAAAUGGGGGCCUACCGUGGUGGGGGUCGGACUGGUCAUAGUCAUCUUGAUCAACUUUAUAUUACGAGUCCGGGAAGCUGAAUUCACAUCUCCAGAUACUGGAUCGGGUCCGGACCAAGGCCGAGGGGAGUUGUGAUCGACUUGAUUGGGCCUUGCAAUAUGACGAUUUCAGAUCUUUUCUUGUUAAAUAGCAUACUAUGAGCGUCUAUGACUAUUUUCAGUUUCCUCUCUGCUUUCAUUUCAUUGGAAUCAGAUUGGAUAUGUCGGUUUAGUGCAAUUAGGGAUGACUUCACGAAAAUAUGAAUAUGAAGCAUUCACCUUCUCCGUUCACCACCAAAUAUACAUACAUGGGGCAAACAUGCAUAUUAUUAUCAAAACAAACACAUUGGCCCUACUUCAAACGAGUAUCAUGC